UCGGUACGCUCGCGCCGCGAACUCGCAGUAGACGAAGCGCCCCGGCGCGCUUUGUUGUGGGAGCAGCUUGGAGACGCGACGGCGCUGUGUCUGUGGGCGAUGACGCUUGUGUCGACGCCGUGCGGGGUUUGAACAAGGAGCGCGACUCGUCGUUGUGCCGUGGUGUUUUUCUGUGCGCGGCUGUUGUUGACGCCGCCGGUGUUACAUCGUCAUGGAUUUGAAACUCGGAUUGACGACGCCGAACAGCGCGUGCUGCUCCAUCGCCGCCUCGCGCAUGUGGCUGCUCCUGGCCGCGCUGUCCCUGUGCGUCCUCGGCCAGGACAGCUUCUACUUCAGCCCCCAGCCGGCCGACGUGCGGGUGCGCAAGGGCGAGAGCGCCACGCUGCGCUGCGGCGUGUCCAACGCCGACCGCGUCGCCUUCCACUGGACGCUGGACGGCGAGCCGCUGCGCAACACGACGCGACGCUUCCAGCAGGGCUCCGACCUGCGGCUCACCCGCGUCGACCCGAGCCUCGACAUGGGCGAGUUCCGCUGCAUCGCCACCAACGCCUCGUCCGGCUUCUCGCUCGCCUCGCAGGGCGCCCAGCUCAACAUACUCUGGAUUGGCGAGCAGGUGAGCGUCGAGCUGCACAGUCCGUCGUCUCCCGACCAACUGGCGGUGGGUGGCGAGCUGUCCCUGCGCUGUCGUGCCGAAGGGGUGCCCGAGCCUCAGCUCGAGUGGUUCCAUAACGGCGUGCGCCUGUUCCGCAGCGAGCGGGUGUCGUUCCGCGGCCGCCGCUUCCACCUGGCCGCGCUGACGCCCGCCGACAAUGGGGUCUACACCUGCGCGGCUUCCUCCGAGGCCGGCAUGGUGCGCAGCCGGCGAGGAUUCGCCCUCACGCUGGCCGGCGAGAACGUGCCCCGGAUCAGCACGCUGCCCAGCGACGUGACCGUGAAGCGCGGCGACGUGGCGCGGCUCGACUGCGUCUACGAGAGGGCCGCGGUCACCGAGUGGUACGCGCUGGACGGGGACGUGCCCCUCGGGAACACCACCAAGACCACGAUCCUGGGCAACUCGUCGCUGCUGGUGCAGAACGUGCAGAGCUCGGACGAGGGCCUCUACCGCUGCGUGGGCGUGGGCCAGGACAAGAACGCCGCGCAGCAGUCCUUCGUGGCGCGGAUAAGCCUCGCCUUCCUCGAGGACUUCAAGCACGAGUCCAUCGAGCCCCCGCUGCCCGAAGACCGCACCGUGGUGGCGGCCAAGGGCGGCCAGCUCGAGCUGCUCUGCGUGGUGCCCGACGGCCAGCCCCGGCCCCGGGCCUGGUGGGAGGACCCGUCGGGCCACACCAUCGGCGACAGCGGCCGCGUCAGGGUCUCCGGCACGCGGCUGCUCGUCGACGCGGCCAAGAAAGGCGACGCCGGCAACUACACCUGCGUCGCGCAGAACAUGGCGCACACCCGGCGGACCGGCGUCACGCUCUUCGUCGCCGUGGCACCGUCGGUGUCGUCGCACCCGCUGGACCUGACGGUGGACGAAGGCGAGGAGACCACGUUGACCUGCGCCUACACGGGCUCGCCGCCGCCCGUCACGCGGGUCACGUGGCAGCACGACGACAGGCCGCUGCGCCCCGCCGGCAAUGGCGGCCCGGCGAACACGGACCCCAUCACGGCGGCCGUGAACGGCAAUGGCGGGCCCGGUCACCUGACCACGUAUCCCAACGGGACGCUGCACAUCCGCAACGUGGGCCUGAGCGACUCCGGCGACUACUUCUGCAGCGUCAAUACCACGGGGUUCCCCGUCCAGACUGCCAAGGUGGCCACGCUGCAAGUCAGGGAGCGGCUGAAGUUCGUGCCGGCGCCGGUGAGCCGCAACCUGGAGCUGGGCUCCAACGCCAAGGUCUACUGCCGCGCGCGGGGCACCCCGACGCCCAUCGUGCGCUGGAUCAAGGAGCAGGAGGGCGGCCGCCAGCCGCCGUCGCUCGAGUGGCCGCCGCACAUCCGCGACGAGAACGGCACCCUGCGCUUCCAGGGGGUGCGCGCGCAGGACGCCGGACGCUACACGUGCGUCGCCACCAGCACGCAGGGACUCAUCAACGCCACCGUGCGCCUCGACGUCAUCAUGAUGCCCCGGUUCACGGUGCAGCCGUCGCCGACGCGAGCCGUGGAGGGCUACAGCGCCAUGCUCCACUGCAAGGCGACGGGCGACCCCGUGCCCACCAUCCAGUGGGACCGCAACAACGUGCUCAACAACUUCGACCCGCAGCGGUACCGCGUCCUCGACAACGGCUCCCUCUACAUCUCGGAGGUGCACCGCGACGACGACGGCAAGUACGGCUGCACGGCCGGAAACAGCGGUGGCCUGCGGCGCGUCGAAGCCAGCCUCGUCGUGCUCGACUCCGAGGGCUACUCGUCGGGAAGCCUGCCCGGUGUCGGCGACCCCGGCGAGAACACGAUGGCCAAGACGGUGACCAUCACGCUGGGCGCGGCGGCCAUCUACAUGAUGCUCGUCAUGGGACUCAUGAUCUGGUGCCGGUUCCGCCGGGCGCGCAGAAAGGCCAUGCUGCUGCUGCAGGUCUCCUCCGAAGUGGCCAAGCCAGACGACGACAUCGCACCGACCGAGAUGCGCGACAAGGCGGUCACUGUGACGGCGUCGGCGCGGGACUCGCUCGUGGCGCCUCACAUCGCCGGCUGCGCGGUCGACAGCAAAGACGGCAACGCGGCCGACGCGCUCUCGCACAGCUCGGGUUCUCACUCGCAGCACUCGAGGCGCAGUCGGAACUCGUACGACAAGCUGCACUACCCUCGCCAGGACCUGCACACCAUGAUGCUGCUCGGUCGGGGCGAGUUCGGCGACGUCUUCCUGGCCAAGGCGAGGAACAUCAUCGAGGGCGAGGCCGAGACGGUGGUGAUGGUCAAGGCCCUGCACUCCCGCGACGAGUGGGCACAUGCAGACUUCAAGCGCGAGAUGGACAUGUUCCACAAGCUGAGUCACGAGGGCAUCGCGCGCCUGCUGGGCGUCUCGCGGGACGUCGAGCCCUUCCUGGUCAUCAUGGAGUACACUGACUGGGGCGACCUCAAGCAGUUUCUGCUGGCCACUCAGAAGGACAGCCAACGCAAAGGUCCUAAGCCGCCGCCUCUGAACCAGGCGCAGGCCAUUGGUGUCUGCCACCAGGUGGCGCUUGCAAUGGAGCACCUGGCCAACCACCGCUUCACGCACCGAGACUUAGCGGCACGCAACUGCCUCAUCACCUCACGGGUCGACAUCAAGGUCAGCUGUCCAGCGCUGUGCCGUGACUCGUAUGCCGCUGAGUACGCCAUGCAUCAGAACCGCUCGGUACCCAUCCGCUGGACGCCCGGCGAGGCACUGUUCGAGGACGAGUGGUCCACGAAGAGUGACGUCUACUCCUUUGCCGUGCUCGCCUGGGAGGUCUUCACCCAGGGCCUGCUGCCACACGCAGACAAGGACGACGCGACGGUGUUGAGGCUGCUCAAGAGUUCCGAGCUUCGCUGGACAGCACCUGCAAGUGCCCCAACGCCAUUCGCUGAGCUCCUGGACCGCUGCUGGCAGCGGUCACCACGCGACAGGCCUUCCUUCUCGGAGGUUGCCGUCAGGAUUGGCGAGAUCUUCGUGGACAGCAACGUCUGAAGGCCGCAUGCCUUGUCUACCCUGCUUAGCGUUUACAUUCGAUUUCAGGGUCAUUCAGAACGGUGGGCCUAAUUAGGAAAGGGAGUGGGGAUGGAGGUGCCGGGCUAUUUCAAAGGCCAUGGUAGGAGUCAUUGGCAUUGCAAAUGUGUUGCUGCCACCCGGAGGUAGUCUUUCCUUCCCAAAGGUCACUGUCAGGAUUGGGGACAUUUUUGCAGACAGCACCAUCUGGAGGCCGCAUACAUCAUCCUGUUUUGAAUCAUGUCCAGAUUCAUGGUCAUUCAUAUUGGUAGUUCCGCUAUUUCAGGCACAUUGUCAAUGUCAAAGACUGCUGUUUGGAUGUGAGAGACAUUGUGCACUUCUCUAGGGCUAUCUGUAUGCCCUGCCUGUUUAAUUGAUUCAAGGUAUGAUCGUACAGAGUACCUUUGCUGCGGUCGAGGGGUUCGGGUGAGGGGGGGGGUAGUUGCCGGCUUGUUUGCACAGGUACUGUUUGCUCGAGAAGGACAACUUAUCUGAUGCAUUUCUGCAUUACGAAUGUGGGUGCCACUUCUUUUUCUCUCCGUAAUGAACAUUUAUUAACAAUUAUCUAAUGUGUGAGUUCAAGUAUCAUGAUAAAUUUAGAUAGAUUUAUUCUCGAAUUCUGCCCAGCAUUCACAAACACCAGAAAAGCUGGGAUCGGGUUACUAAGGUUACCCUGUCUUUCUGCUGCCAUUAAAAAUUGUUUUAGACACUUCAUUUGAUAAGCAACACGAUUUCAUAAGAUCUUUUAAUAAAUGAGGCACUGCCACCACACAUAGCCUAACUUUAACUACUGUGCUUACUACAAAAGCAUUUAAUAUAAAGUUCUAGAACCUUGUAGUGAGAACUAGGGUGUCAUCUUUAAAUUGGAAAUAAACACCAAGCAUCUGUUAGAAAAUGUGGCAGAGCAUUUCAGCGGCUAAAACAUUGCAGUGUUAAGUAAAAUCAGCAUGAAACAAAGCAAGCCCUUUUUGGCAUCCUUUAUUUAUGUUCGUGAAGUUGUAUCGCAAUAUUCUACAAAAGUGCAGACAUGUUUUGACUCACUUUUUACAAGGUAUACAAUGUCAUUUAUCAUAGCGUGUUUUACAUGUAUUUAUAAGAGGACAUCUUGCGCGACACGGAGGCUAAAGAACUGCCAACUAUACUUGCCACCAGAAAAUGAGAAUGCCAAUCCAAAAUGUCCUUUGACCAACAAACUAUCUUGUCACAAUGGCACUUUACACAAUGUUUUAUAAGCCUUUUAUGUCUUUACAUGUUUUGAUACCUAUUAUUUGUCUCGUUGUGGACAGAUUUGUUUUGUGUACAUAUGGAUGUCUAAUGUUCGUCCAUCAUUUUCUGUCUUUUGACAAGUUAUCCAUGCGAAGUCCAACGAUCCUGGGCUAGUCAUGUCUAUUCACCACUCAUGACCUACAGAAUAAUGUGGUGCUUUUUAUAAAUGUUGGACAGUGCUUUUUUACAUGCGGAGCAAAAUACAUUCUUCUACACUCAGUGUGCAUGAUGUAUAAUAUAGCUUACAUCAUGAUUCCAUGCAUGGCAUAGAAUAAUUAUGAGUACAUAAUAUACACAAGAAGUAGUCUUUUUAUAUAAAGUAUGGUGCAUGUAUGGAAAUAACUUCCCAGCCCUUAGGGCUAUGGCCAAGUUACCUAUGCUAAAUUCUGCUAGCUGACAUUAGUCAUUGCCUGCAUAAUAACCAGCACAUUUGCCACAGAAUUUCAACCUUGGUGCUAAGACACGAACACUGUUCUUUGCUUAUGAGCAUCUUUAUUAGAGAGCAUACAAAAGGAAGCUUCGUGGUUGACUGUCAACACAGCUAGUUAUGUAGUUAUAUAAUGAAUCACAAUUAGGCAUCGGAUGUCUUACACUGCAAUUUCACAAGUUGACUUGCAUUAGCAUAAUCUCUGUCUAUUAGAUAGCGAGGUGAUUCAUGCAAAAUAUGCUUUCAAAACCACAUGUUAACAAAUUCACGUUGCAGUGUGAACAUGGACAUGGACAUGCUGGCAAGUACACGCUUUUACAGCCACAGAAAAAGAGGCAGUGCCUGUCCCGUAUCACUCCUGGUGUCCAUUUUUGAAGACCAGGCAUGUGUACCAUAAGCAAGGAAGACGAACGACAAGAAAACUAGGAAUAGCGUUAUCGGCGUCCUGUUCACCCUUGCUCGUGGCAUAUAUCUCGGCAAAGCUGUACACACAAAAAGCCUCCGAAUGCAGCAGUGUAUCGCUAGAAACAAGAGCUUGUAAACCACAUAAAAUAGGCUGAAUAUUGCCACAUCCAGUGCAAGCAGCUCAGAAUGACUAGUACUGUCAAGCUGGAAUGAAACGCUAAUUAGAAGAAAUGCAAUAAUGUGCCUGUUUUUUUAAUUUACAUAAAAUUGCAUUACGUGAUGCUUGCAUAACUAGGCGCUUUAUGUGAUGUAGCCCCAAAGUUAAAUGUCUGUGAAUGAAUCACAUGCGUGCUGACAAUUAUGGAAAUGGAAAAGUGUGCUUUCUACUUUAUUUUCUUGGGUUUGUGUUUCAUUCCAGAAUAAUGUCGCAUGCCAAAGUUUGGUGGGCAAUAAUGGCAAUCCAACCUUCAAUUACAGCUGCAUGCUAAGAUGAUGAAGUUAUGUUUUAAUCAGCAUGCCCAGUCCAAAAAUGUUUGUCCCUUACUGAUUACGACUUACGCUUCCUGUAUGUGCAAGCAGCUGGCCUCACUGUCACAGUCAUCUCCAUACUAUAAUGUAUGUUUCAUUGAUGAAUACUUGUCGAAGCAUCUAAAGACAUCGAAUAGCAGGCUGGUUCAUCCAUCUUAACCCUUCUGCUGUAUUUAUUGUCAUGAACUUAGAUUUCAUACACCUUUAGGAUCAAAUCAUUUGACUUAUGCUAUUCAACCCCAGACACCUAAAUGUCAUGAUAUGUUUAAAAACAUUUCAAGCUACAUUUUUUUUUUAAAUCUGGAGGCAACAUUCUGCUAUGAUUUUUUUCCCUGCUUAGUGUGUAAAAUGUAUGUUUGCAUGCAAAGAACAACUUUCACUUGUUAACUCUGUCAUUCUGGUAUGGAUGGGUCAUUUUUCUUCAUCAAAAUUUAUUUAGUUUCCCUCAUGGGUGAGUUUGAGAUUACAUUCACGGUAACAGAAUACCAAUUUGUCACGAAACACCUCACAUUACUGUCUUGAAGAAAUGCUCGACAUCUUGAGCAAUGAUGGAACAUUUGCAGGCAUUUGUUCAAUGCAUAUGUUUCUUAUAAAGUUGGUUUACUAUAAUCAAGACAGAACCCGUCUAUAACACACUGAUAGCAUGUGCUUUCAUUGUCAUUGCCACUAUUGCUGGACAUUGCUGACACUGUAAAAGACUGCUCUUUUUGUUCCAUGCUGUUAUCUUUAUAGUCCUGUGGAAUCCAUAAGUGCGGUACUCAUAUGGCAUCAUCCCUGUCAUGUGCAAGCCAUUUGUCGUAUUACUAAAAGAUUUAGGACACCACAGUGUUGCAAAUUUUUUAUUUUUGACAGAACUUUCUUCCAUAAAACUGCAGAGUUUAUAUGUUUAUUAGCCUUGUCGUUGAUCUUCAUAUAUGCCGCUUUUGUUUAGUAUGUUUCUUCCCAAAACCGCCCUGGCUAGAUGUCAUGUGUUGCGGAAAUCUUUACGUGCCAGUAUUGAAGGCCGUUUCGAUGUGCGGGGCUGUGGACUGAAGGGGUCACAGGCCAAUUAAAGCCAUAGCUACCCAAAUAAUGCACAUAGAAAUGAGCAAAAUAAAAUGCAGAGAAAUAUAUAUGCUUGCUAUUAAUAUAGGUAUACUUCUUAUUCAAAUUAACUUCCUAAUCUCUUAAUGCUUACUACAAUAAAUCAAUAUCACUGUUUUGUCGUCUCGGAAGAACACCUAGAUGUGCAGCCUUGCCUCGUUAUUGACUUCACUAAUGGACGGACAAUGAGCUUUGUGACCUCUUGACUACAUGAUGCCUUACAGGAUACAUUUUUUUGUUUCCCAGAAUUCCUUUUCCCCAAAUAGGUUUGUUUCACAUAAAACUAAAGUUACUAUCGGCUAUGAAUAAAUGUGAAUGUUUCAAAAAAAAACAAGAGAAAAUGUAACAUGACCUGCAUUCAGUGAACCUGAACUGGUUCAAGAAGACUCAGUUCUUAGUUUGUACAUGUGUAAUCGCUCAAAAUUUCAUAGUGCAAUGAAAUGUUUGUAUUUGCAAACAAGCUCGCUAUCACAACAGCCUAUAAAAUGUAAAUCUUUUCAGGUAAUUAUGUUAAAAAUCGUAUAAGAUAGCAAUCGAACAGGCACAUUGUUGACAUGUUCCACAUCUCAUGCAAGACAAUGGAAGUUGCUACUACUUCAAAACGGCUUCUCAUUCAUAGAAGAUGUUUGAGAUUGUAAAGACCUAACAAGCCAUAACUCUAAGCUCAUAUUGAGCCAAGGCAGCCAAUAAUCAACAACGUAAGCUCAUUCUUGAUUUGUCAGUCCAUGCACAGAAAUAGAAGUCACAGGAACUUUGUACGUGAGAGGCAUUGACUGCAGUGAAGUCGGUCUUGAGCGGCUGCUGUAAUGCUGUUUGAACCGCUGAUGUUAAUGAAGACGACCGGUGGUCUCUCUCUGCUGCUUUUAUGCUUUUCUUUCCAGUUUGUCAUUCAAGUGCUUUAUUUUUAUUGUGAAUAGUAGCAUAAAAUUUAAGUUCACCUCAUAUAUGUGUGGCUUUCUGUGCUUGUUUUGGACAUUUGUGCGAAGCGUCAUCCUUCUGUGGCCAUUCACGGGCCAAUUUUUCUGUUUGUAUGUACAUGCAAGCAUUAUAAAUGCCCUGAGGCCAUGUGACUGUUGUGUGUGUUCUGUAAAUAGGUGAGCAGCCUUGGAGAAUUUCUUUAGAAAAUAAACAUUGCCAGAAAAGUGAA